UUCACUCACUAGCAAAAACCACAACAAAAACACUCUUUCCCCUUUGUCUCUCUUCACUUCAUUCCUUUGUUUAUUUUUGUCUAUCUCAUCUUCUUCAUCCUCUCUUUCAUUUAUAUUAUCCCCAAAAUUAACUCCAUAAAAGAAACAAAAACAAUCUUGAUCAUUUUUGUAGUUUUGUCUCUUGCUUUUGAAAUCUUAAAGAAUCUCUCUUUAAUUUUCACCUUCACUACUCUUCUUGAUCUCUACUAGUCUUUUUGCAAGUGUUUGACCCUUUUCUCCUUCACUUUCAAGAACUCAAAUUUUAACAAUGAUUCUAAUAGUACUUCAAAAUUUAAUUGUUCUACAUUCCCAUAAUGAAUUGGUGAGAAAUUAAUUAUGUUGAUGAUGCAUGAGAGGGUCAAUAAUGUAUUAAUUCCUAGUUGUUUCAAAAAGAGUGGACAAAAUUUGUGAAGAUCCCCUAGGUUUUUUUAAUUUGUUUUCCUACUUAUCUUUUGUAGUUGAAGUCAGCCACUAGUUUCAAUUUUAAUCAUUUUAGUCUAUAGAGCUCUACUACACCUAUACCUUAGCUUGUACUAAUUUUAAUAAUUUCCUAUCUUGUCCCUUUUGGUCUCCACAUAAGUACAAAAUUUUUCUUGAAAGAGGUUAGAUAUGGAACUUCCAAGUCAAGAUCAUGAGGAUAUGCCAAUACCAAUUAACAGCACAUAUGGACACAUGAUACAUCAUGAUCCUACACCACCCAACAAUACCAAUCACAUUAUACCACCUUCUAUGAAUGGUCCUCCUAUUGAUGCACCACCAGUAGCAACUGCAGCAGAUCAUCAUGUACCUUUCAAGAAAAUGAUCAGGUACAAAGAGUGCCUAAAGAACCAUGCAGCAUCUAUGGGUGGUAAUGCAACAGAUGGAUGUGGAGAAUUCAUGCCAAGUGGUGAAGAAGGUACAAUUGAAGCUCUGAUUUGUUCAGCUUGCAAUUGCCAUAGAAAUUUUCAUAGAAAAGAAAUAGAAGGUGAUCAACAACUUCAAUUACCAUCUUCUUGUGAUUGCUUUCAUCAUCUGAACAACAGAGGAGGAUCAACAAAAAAAGUUUAUUUAGGACAUAACCAUCACAAAACUAGUUUAGGUCCUGAACCAUUUGGUACAAUAAUUCCAACUAGACCAAUAAUACCACCACAUCAUCAAAUGAUAAUGUCUUAUAACAUGGGCUCACUUCCUAAUUCUGAAUCAGAAGAACAUGAUCAAGAUCAUCAUCACAUUGGUGGAAUUAUGGCUAUGGCUAGACCAUUACAUCAUGUCAAAAAGAGAUUUAGGACUAAAUUUACUCAAGAACAAAAGGAUAAAAUGCUCAAUUUUGCUGAAAAAGUUGGAUGGAAAAUACAAAAACAAGAAGAAGGUGUUGUGCAACAAUUCUGUCAAGAAGUUGGAGUUAAAAGAAGAGUGCUUAAAGUUUGGAUGCAUAACAAUAAGCAUAGCCUUGCCAAGAAAAAUGAUAGUAUUCCUAAUGAAAAUCAAGUUUGAUGAUUUUUAUCUACUUUAAUUUGCUUUUUUAAUAAUAUGUAGUGUAGUACUAGUACUAGUGCAUGUGGGGAAUUUUGGAAUUUCUUAUGGUUGUUCUGGAUUUUGUUUAAUUAAUUAACUAAUUAAUCUCAUCUCUCCAGUGCUGACUGGAUUUAUAUUUGUCUUUAUUUGAUU